CAGGCAGCCGCGGUCCAAUAUAGCGCAUGCGCCCGGGCCCAGGGACUGGCAGAGAGAGGCGGCACAGCCUCGUAUACACAGCAGGCAGCGGGGAAUAAAGAGGCAAUAUGGCGAGGAUGCCUGGCAGCGGCGACUGCAACCCGGCCACCGCAGACAGCGACCCCCGGGCGGCUCAGCACCGCUUACAGCCGGGCAGCGCGGGCGAGGAGGAGGAAGAAGAGGAGGAUGAAGAAGAAGAUGAGAUCCAGGAGGUCCAGAUCACCGGGGAUGAUGAAGAUGAGGAGGAGGAUGACGACGAGCUGCUGCUGCUGGAGGAUGAGGAGCUGGAGGACGAGGAUGAAAUCCAGCUGGAGUGGGAGGACGGGGCGCUGCUGGAGAGCCCCUACAGCCGCCCGGCCGGCAUAGUCCCGCACCCCUCUGCUCAGCGCCCCAUGCUGCCGCCCGGCCUGCGCCCCGGCAUAGUGGUGGAGGAUGUGGAGCCUCUGCUGCUGCAGCUCGGGGCUGCGGGGGGCGGCGUGGACGGAGCCGGCUGUGCGGGCUCCCCCUCCUCCGAGCGCCCCGAGCGAGCCCGGCUGAGCGAGAACACCCGCCUGGCCACCCGCUACGCGGUGCGCAUCUUCCGGGAGUACCUGAGCGAGAAGGCGCAGAGCCCGGACUUCGAGAGCAUGGACAAGGAGGCGCUGUGCCGGGUGCUGCGCUCCUUCUACGCCGAGGCGCGCUCCAAGAGCGGCCAGCUGUACAGCAAGUCUUCCCUCAUCAGCAUCCGCUCGUCCCUGAACCGCUACCUGAACGAGCCGCCUUACUGCCGCACCCUGGACCUCACCAAGGACCCCGAGCUGCGGAGCGCCAACCUGACCCUGGCCGCCGUCAUCCGCAAGCUGGAGGAGCAGGGGGCCGGCCCCGUGGUGCAGAAGCAGGCCAUCACCCGGGCUGACCUGCGCAAGCUCUACACCUCCUGCGUCUUCAGCGCCUCCACGCCUUUCGGGCUCCUCAACAAGGUCUGGUUUGAGACCUGCAUGUACUUCUGCACCCGGGGCAGGGAGAACCAGCGGGAGCUGGAGGAAGACUCCUUCGGCCUGGCCAUGGACGAAGAUGGCAGGCGAUUCGUCUACUUCAAGGCGUUGGGGCCCUAUCACAAGUCCCGCUCUUCGUCAUGGGGUAAGAAGCGCGAGCGCCCUGGUGGAACCGCCACCUCAGAUGGCGAUGAGGAGAACCUUCCCCGUAUGUACGAGACUGGCACCGAGUUCUGCCCCUAUGCCAGCUUUGUCAAGUACCUGGCCAAGCGCAACCCACUGUGCAAAGCGUUCUUCCAGCGGCCCCGGGACCACUGCAGCGAGGCCGACGUCACCUGGUACGAGAACAAGGCCAUUGGCAAGAACUUGUUGGGCACUCGUAUGCAGAUGCUGUCCAAGGCCGCCAAGCUGUCCAAGACCUACACCAACCACUGCAUUGGCGCUGUGUCCGUGGCUACGCUCAACAGCAUAGCCGGCAUUGGCACCAAACUGGGGCCCCCCUACUUCAUGGACAAUGUAAAUGGUACAAGGCACAGGUCAUCACAAGCCUCCAGCAACUCUUAUAUCCUACCCAGUCCUGGUGGUGUGCCCGACCUCAAGCCCGAUUUGCCUACCAAGAGGCCGCUACACGAGGCCAACCCGCCCGGAGAAACGUGUAGCCCACCCUCCCCCAAGAGACUAUGUGUGCGGCCCACCGAGCCCUCAGACUGUGUUUUGCUAGUGUCCGUCAAGAAUGACCCUCAGCCCCCCUGUCUGGAGACCAAUGGUCACAUGGUGCUGGCAGCCUCCCCUGCGGUCACCUCCCCAGCCGUGCUGUCCCCUGUACAGGACACUCGACCCAACAUGUCAAGACCCAUGAUCACCAGAUCACCUGCCUCACCUCUGAACAAUCAAGGCAUCCCCACUCCUGCACAGCUCACCAAGUCCAAUGCGCCAGUUCACAUUGACGUUGGCGGCCACAUGUACACAAGCAGUUUGGCGACUCUAACCAAGUACCCAGAGUCCAGAAUCGGAAGGCUGUUUGAUGGAACGGAGCCCAUCGUCUUGGACAGUUUAAAGCAGCAUUACUUCAUUGACAGAGAUGGCCAAAUGUUUCGUUAUAUAUUGAACUUCUUGCGCACAUCGAAGCUUCUCAUCUCUGAUGAUUUCAAAGAUUACACUCUGCUGUAUGAGGAGGCCAAGUACUUCCAGCUUCAGCCUAUGCUUCUGGAACUGGAGAGGUGGAAGCAGGACAGGGAAGCGGGGCGUUUUUCCAGACCCUGUGAGUGCUUAGUCGUCAGAGUGGCCCCAGAUCUCGGUGAAAGGAUUACGUUGAGUGGAGACAAGUCUCUAAUAGAAGAGGUUUUUCCGGAAAUUGGGGAUGUAAUGUGUAAUUCGGUCAAUGCGGGCUGGAACCACGACUCCACACACGUUAUUAGAUUUCCACUCAAUGGAUACUGUCACCUUAACUCCGUUCAGGUGCUGGAGAGGUUGCAGCAGCGUGGCUUUGAAAUUGUGGGAUCAUGCGGAGGUGGAGUUGACUCUUCUCAGUUUAGUGAAUAUGUUCUGAGACGAGAACUGAAACGGACAUCUCGCGUCCCCUCUGUCAUUCGAAUAAAGCAGGAGCCAUUAGAUUGAACAAACACUUUUCUUAUGCAAAACUGGACAAUUUCGGUUGCAGUUGGGACCCAGUUCCCAUAAUCGCCACUGAUUUAAAGACAUUUCUGUCACCUCAAAAGACAUUAAGAGCUGUUACACAGCGGUAUCAGGAAUACACGUCAGGACGGCAACUGCAGGAUGUUCAAAUAAUAAACUCUAAAAAUACAUAAGGGUACUGUAAUACUACACGUUCUUCCCACCUCAGACCAUAUACUAUACACAUGAAAAUAUACCAUGAAAUGA